AUGCAAGUUAGAGGGAAAAAGACAGAGAGGAGGCCCAUGGACAACAACAUGGGCAACGUCAUGGCCAGCGGAGAGGGUGACAUUAGCAAGGACGCGAUGGGCACUGGGCUAGGUGACAUAAGAGGCAGGCAGACAGGGCAUCGCUGGAGUGUUGGGGAUGAUGUUAAUGACACCAAAGGGGGCCUUGGUGACACUGCCCGAUUAGGAGACGUCGUCGCAGGCAUAGGUGAGCUGGACGCCUGCACAGGUGUAGGUGCAUGUGGGGCACUGGCCGUUGGCACUAAGAUGCUGGGUUGUAGUGGACGGCUUCUAGCGUUGAUGGAGAGCAGCAGGUUGACGUAG